AUGCAGGCUGCUGAGCUGGAUCCCCUUGAAAGCAGAGGCUUCCCCUCCCAGGCUGCGGCGGGCGCCAACUCCUCCUGGGACGACGGCACCGGGCACAAUGUCACCCUCCCCGAGCCGCUGCCACCCUUCUACGUGCUCCUGCCAACGGUGUACUCUGUGAUCUGCGCCAUGGGGCUGGCAGGUAACACAGCUAUCACCUACGUGAUUCGGAGGGUGCCCAAGAUGAAAACGGUGAGCAACGUGUUCACCUUGAACCUGGCCAUCACCGAUGGCCUCUUCGCGCCGGCGCUGCCUGUCAGCAUCACGGAGCACCUCCUGCGGCGCUGGCCCUUCGGGGAGCCGCUCUGCAAACUGGUGCUGGCCAUCGACCACGACAACAUCUUCUCCAGCAUCUACUUCCCGGCCACCAUGAAUGUGGAUCGCUACCUGGUGGUGCCGGCCACCACACAGUGCCGCCGGGUGCCCCAGCGCACCCUCCGCGGAGCGAAGAUCACCAGCCUCUGUGUCUGGAUCGGUGGCACCAUCAUGGUCCUGCCCUUCUCCUUUGCUGGCGUCUACAGCCAUCAGCUGCAGGUCACGAGUUGCGGGCUGACUUUCCCGCGGCCUGAGAGGGCCUGCUUCAAGGCCAGCCGCAUCUACGUGCUAGUCCUGGGCUUUGUGGUGCCCAUGUGUACCCUCUGCGUGCUCUACGUGGACCUGUUGCGUCGGCUGCGGGCCCUGCGGCUCCUCUCCAGAACCAAAGCUCUGGGCAAAGCCAAGCGGAAGGUGACCACCCUGGUCCUGGCUGUGCUGGCCGUGGGCCUGCUCUGCUGGACGCCCUUCCACCUGGCCUCCGUCGUGGCCCUGACCACAGACGUGCCCCAGACGUCACUGGUCAGCGGCAUGUCCUACAUCGUCACCAGCCUCAGCUGCGCCAGCUCCUGUCUCAACCCUUUCCUCUACGCCUUCCUGGAUGAGAACUUCCAAAACAGCUUCCGCAGCACGUUCCGGUGCUCAGGGGCCUCAGCGCCCUCCGCAGAGCCCCCGUGCGUCUGCUAG